AUGUCCUCCAUCAAAGUUGCUAUUAUUCAACUACAUCCCCAACCUCACCAAACAGAGUCUAACCAGGCACGCGGAAUCGCCUACAUUCGAGAUGCAGCUCGUCAGGGUGCGAAUCUUGCCGUACUCCCCGAGUACCAUCUGGGGGACUUCUUCCCCGAAAACCCCGAUUUCCGCGAUCAAUGCGCGAAUUGGAAGCAAUAUCUAGAUGUAUAUCGUGACCUUGCUAAGGAGUGCAACAUCUGCAUUGUGCCAGGCUCCGCAGCAGAGCUGUAUCGCGACGAGAAGACUGGAGAAGAGACCAUCUUCAACGUGGCCUACUUUAUUGACAACACCGGUUCCUUGAAGAGCCGGUAUGAAAAGAAGAACCUGUGGCACCCAGAGCGACCUCAUGUGAACGGCUCACAGCAUGAUCCGCAUGUUGCUUUCGAUACACCACUAGGGAAAGUCGGGAUGCUGAUUUGCUGGGAUGUCGCAUUCCCAGAAGCAUUCCGCGAGUUGACAAGCCAAGGCGCGAAGCUCAUUAUUGUGCCGUCCUUCUGGAAGCUCACUGAUUGCGCGCCUCAGGGAAUCGCGCACAACCCGUAUGCAGAGAAAGUCUUUCUCGACGCGGCACUUAUCAGUCGGGCAUGCGAAAAUACCUGCGCCGUCGUCUUUUGUAAUGCAGGAGGCCCAGCAGAGGAAGACUUUGCGGGUUUGUCGCAGGUCACAGUCCCUUUCUUGGGUUGUAUUGGGAGGACCGACACUUGUGAAGAGGAGGUGAAGAUCAUCGAUUUAGACUUGGCAAUUUUGGAUGAUGCCGAGUCUGUGUACAAAGUCCGUCAAGAUAUGGCCCGACCUGAUUGGCACUAUUCGUAUAGAAAGAAUAUGCAGGAUAGCUCUUAA